UGGUAUUGGCAUACAUUUAGCAUUACGUCCCACAGCUUCAACGUCCCAUCUCCCGAGCCUGUAACCAAUUGAUUCUCGUGAAUCUCUGACCAUGCAACGUCGUAUAUGCCAUCCUGGGUCUCGUAUCUUGAUAGAAUGAUAAGCACCGGCUUACUAGUCGAGUCGACAGACAGACUGUUUAUCAAGUUUCACCGCAGAUGAGCCACCGACUCCUGGAACUAGCGAUACCAUGUGCAGGCGACCAUUACCCACAAGACCGAAAUUGGCAGCUGAAGCAAGCGCGAUGCGAGAAUUGUGAAAAGGGGACCAUGUCACAGAGUAAUGGGCAAAUCCUGGCGUCUGCAAUACAGCAGGAGGUGGUCGAGCAGGAUUCAUUUCAUCUGCAGUUGAGAAACAAGUCUCAUAUGAUAUUCUUAUAUAUCCAUCCGGCUAUUACGGUUACUUUGAAUCCCCGCAAGACCAACUUGAACAACUGACAUCAUGCGCGUCUCGGUACCAACCAUUAUCAGCAGCUCUGGAGCACCAAAACAAACAAUUUCACCAGCUGCGGCGGUUGGACGCAUCGCAGAAUUCCUUGCGCCAGGAAAAGCGACGCUAAUUACCGGUGCAGGUGUCAGUGUUGCUUCGGGGAUUAGAGCGUAUCGGGGAAAAGACGGCAGAUAUAUGAACCCCAAUUAUCAACCAAUCUUUUAUCACGAACUAGCUGACCAGAGCGAAAAGGGUUUUGCUUUCAGGCAGCGGUAUUGGCUUCGAUCAUACUUGGGCUAUCCCCCUGUCAGGGACACUCUGCCUAAUACCAGCCACUAUGCAAUCGCUGCACUCCAAUACGCAUCAUACAUACCUCGCCUCGUAACACAAAAUGUAGAUGGGUUACACCACAAGGCGAUUGCACAUCUUUGGGAGCCAGAUCAUAUUCAAAAGCAAAUACUUGAACUUCACGGAACCCUCCAUCGAGUACAUUGUAAGCGCGGUCACGUAGUCCCGAGAGACACAUUCCAAGAUUGGCUUUCUGCUUCUAAUCCGCAAUGGAAGGCAUUCGUUGAUAAUUUAGAGAAGACCGGGCAAAAAUUGCGCACUAAUCCUGAUGGUGAUGUGGAGUUGGAAGGCGUUUCUUAUACCGAUUUCGUGGUCCCAGAGUGUCCGCAAUGUACGUUGGAAGGUCAACAGAGCUCUUUUUACAAGCCAGAGUUAAUAUUUUUUGGUGAAUCGAUACCAAGUCGGAUCAAGGACCGUUCGUUUCAUGAUGUUGAAGAGUCUGAAAGAGUUUUCGUCCUCGGCACCACACUGGCGACGUAUUCCGCAUUCAGGCUGGUAAAGCGUGCAUUAGAGAUGCGAAAACCAGUCAUGUUGCUGAAUGUAGGGCCGACGAGGGCCGACGAACUUCCAGGUGUGGAGAAACUCGAGAUAUCGAGUUCCCUAGUGUUGCGAGACGUAGUCAGAGCCAUCCUAGGUUCUCGAGCAAGCCAAGAUUCUGCGAUAGUUUAUCUUCUACAGAGCGGCAUUCAUCAGCCCCCCGCACAAGACCAUGAAAUUAUAUCAAGAAAUACUUAGACUUGGAUAAGAAGAAAUGCUAUCCAUAAUAAUAGUAGUGAAGAUCAUAGAAUGCGUAAAUUAAUGCUGGCUACUGUGGUAUGCUGGUAUGGGCAAAUGUGGUAGCUAGUUAUAUGCGUAUGGUAAAGUACUGGUGAUGCAAAUGGAGAAAACAAAGCAAUAAGAGCACUUAUAACACAUAGAUGUGAUACAACAACGGUAUAUGAUAUGAU